CUGGCCCAUCAGCUUGCGCCAAAGGAGAUCCAGGGAAAAGACGGAAUUGACGGAGUGGACGGUGCUGACGGUGCCAAAGGUGCUGAUGGAGCUAUUGGUCCAACUGGACCUGCAGGUAUUAAGGGUGCAGCGGGGAGCAUUGGACCCGCAGGUCCACAAGGAUCAAUUGGUGAACCCGGGCCUAUUGGUCUAUCUGGACCAAAAGGAAAUGACGGCCUUAAUGGAAGACCUGGUCUACCUGGCCCGUCAGGUACAAUCGGAGCAACGGGUUCAGCUGGUCCUAAAGGAGACGUGGGAGCACCUGGCCUAACUGGCCCAGCUGGCGCCAAAGGAGAUCCUGGAAAAGACGGAAUUGACGGUGCUGACGGUGCUGAUGGAGCUAUUGGUCCAGCUGGACCUUCAGGUGCCAAGGGUGAAGCGGGGAUCAUCGGACCCGCAGGUCCAUCAGGAUCAACUGGUGGGCCCGGGCCUAUUGGUCUAUCUGGACCAAAAGGAAAUGACGGCCUUAAUGGUGUUGAUGGUGUUGAUGGUGUUGAUGGUCCUCGUGGUCCUCCUGGCCCUCCUGGUCCUCCUGGUCCUCCUGGCCCUCCUGGCCGUCCUGGUAAUUCUCCGGGAUAGCCGUUUAAUCUUGGAACGCCAGAUUUGGGUCCUUGAAGUGUUUCCGGCAAAAAGUGUAAUGAAAUUGACUAACAAAAAAAGAUGACGAUAAGCUUUCAAGCCAUCUUCGUUUAACAGCCCAAAAAGUGGACAAAUUCAUCUAACUUAAUCUGAACAAUUCAUCAAUAUUUAAUAUGAACCAGCAUUAUAUCUGUUCAUGUUUCCCUAUACGAUUGCAUCCAAAACUCUUCACUCGUUAACCUAAAUCGAAUUUGAUACUCGUGAUAUACUUGUGAAACGGAAUGUAAUUUUUAUAUAGCUUUAUGUUAAGCUGAAAUUUCAUCGAUACAUCUUACACGUUUUACUUGUA